AGUGCCAUCGAUGGUUUGACACCUCUAUCUCACGUGUAGUUUCCGCAAUUUUUGGUUUUUGUAUUUAAAUAAAAUGAAGCGUUUAUCUGACGAGCGUGCCAAGAUUUUGUUCGAGAAGCUGAACAAAUACAUUGGAACGAAUGUAACGCAGCUGAUUGACCGCCCGGACGGCACCUAUUGUUUCCGAGAGAUGCGGGAUCGCGUCUACUAUGUGUCCGAGCGGAUACUCAAGCUGAGCGAGUGCUUCAGCGGCAAGCAACUGGUCAGCGUAGGCACCUGCUUUGGGAAGUUCUCCAAGACCAACAAAUUGAAGUUCCACAUCACAGCGCUCUACUAUCUGGCGCCGUACGCCCAGCACAAGGUGUGGGUCAAGCCAUCCUUUGAACAGCAGUACCUGUACGGCAACAACGUACCCAAAUCGGGUCUGUCACGAAUCACCGAAAACGCAGCACAGUACCAGGGAGUGGUGGUGUACGCCAUGAGCGAUUUGCCAUUGGGCUUUGGGGUUCUGGCACGCUCCACCACCGACUGCAAGACCGCUGAUCCACUGACGGCAGUCUGUUACCACCAGUCGGACCUAGGCGAGUACAUACGCGCCGAAGAUACGCUGUUUUAGAUGCAUACUUGAAGACUAUAGCUAUAAUCAUGUUUUUAGUAAAUAAUAAGUCCUACGAGAAUUUGAAAACACGA